AUGCGAAUAUUUCUCGGCUUCCUCCUGGCCAUAGGCCUUGUUCUUGCAGAAGAUGGCUCAAACAUGUGGCUACGAUACGCGCCUUUCCGUGGCGCCGGCAAUUACACGGCACUUCCAUCACAGAUCCUCGCCUUGAACGCGACAAAAGGCAGUCCGGUGUAUACCGCCCAGCAAGAGUUGGUGAAAGGUUUUCAUGGCAUUUUCGGAAAGCAACUGGAAUCGGUGAAUUCGACUAGUAGUGGCUCUUCAGCCAUCUACGUCGGUACGGUGGAGGCUUACCGAAGCAUGUCCAGUCUGCCAGAAGAAGCACGUGAUCUGGAGCAGGACGGAUUCUACUUGAGCACUGAGGGCGGUAAUGUCACCAUCGUUGGGUCCAACGAGCGCGGUGCCUUGUAUGGAGCCUUUGAGUAUCUCUCGCAACUAGCUCAAGGCAAAUUCCAGCCUGCUUCCACCGUCUACAAUCCUCAGGUACCAAUCCGAUGGACGAAUGAGUGGGACAACAUGGACGGAAGUAUUGAGCGUGGUUAUGCUGGACCGUCAUUCUUCUUCCGGGAUGGCUUUGUUGUCACUAAUGUUACUCGUGCGGCUCAGUACGCUCGUCUGCUUGCGUCCAUCCGCAUCAACGGAAUGAUCGUUAACAACGUUAAUGCCAAUGCGACUCUGCUUAGCGAUAGAAACAUCGAAGGAUUAGGGAGACUGGCAGAUGCCAUGCGACCUUAUGGCGUACAAUUGGGAAUUUCGUUAAACUUUGCAUCACCGCAAACUUUCGGAGGUCUCAAAACCUUCGAUCCUCUUGAUCCGAAAGUGGAUGCCUGGUGGGCGAACAUAACAGAUGUGAUUUACCAGAGAGUUCCUGACAUGGUUGGCUACCUCGUAAAGGCAAACAGCGAAGGUCAACCCGGGCCGUUGACUUAUAAUCGUACACUUGCUGACGGUGCGAAUAUGUUCGCACGAGCCGCAAAACCACAUGGGGGAAUCAUCAUGUUCCGUGCGUUUGUCUACGAUAACCACAUCAAGUACUCAGACUGGAAGGCGGAUCGAGCCAACGCAGCAGUCGACUUCUUUAAAGAGUUGGACGGCAAAUUCGACGAUAAUGUCAUUGUGCAGAUCAAAUACGGACCAAUCGACUUCCAGGUACGCGAGCCAGUAAGCCCGCUGUUCUCUACCCUGCGAAAUACCAGUACCGCUAUUGAGCUUCAAGUCACUCCAGAGUAUCUUGGCCAAAACGAUCAUCUGGUUUACCUUGGUCCACUCUGGAAAGAAAUCCUCGAGUUCGAUCUUAUGGCAGACAACCGCUCCUCAAAGGUCAAAGACAUCAUCUCCGGUGAGCGCUUCAACCGGCCACUUGGCGGUUAUGCUGGUGUUCCGGGUGCAGGAUCCAAUGCUACCUGGCUUGGAAGCUUUCUUGCGCCCUCCAACUUGUACGCAUAUGGAAGACUGGCAUGGAACGCUUCUGAAGAUUCUGUAGAUAUUCUCCAGGAUUGGAUUCGUUUGACUUUUGGAGCUGACGAGCAAGUUAUGGACACUAUUGUCGAUAUGUCGAUGAGGUCAUGGCCGGCGUAUGAGAGUUAUAGCGGCAACCUCGGUGUCCAAACCUUGACCGAUAUCCUCUACACGCAUUUCGGAGCAAAUCCUGCCUCUCAGGACAACAAUGGCUGGGGCCAGUGGACCCGCGCCGAUAAUCUGAGCAUUGGCAUGGAUCGUACUGUCAGGAAUGGCACCGGAAAUUCAGCUCAAUAUCCGCCGUUGAUCGCCGACAUGUAUGAAAACGUGGAGACGACGCCAGAUAAGCUGUUAUUGUGGUUCCAUCAUUUGCCUUAUACACAUCGCCUGAGAUCCGGCAAGACGGUCAUCCAGCACUUCUACGACGCGCACUACGAAGGUGCUGCGACCGCACAACGCUUUGUUAAGCAAUGGGAAUCUCUCAAGGGCAAGAUCGAUACCCAACGUUACGAGCACGUGCUGUUCAAGCAAAAGUUCCAAGCAGGCCAUUCUUUGGUCUGGCGCGACGCCAUCAAUAUGUUCUACUACAACCUCUCUGGAAUCCCCGACGACCUUGACCGCGUUAACAACCAUCCGUACCGCAUCGAAGCCGAGCAGAUGACACUUUCUGGCUACAAGCCGUAUGCUGUCAGCCCAUUCGAGACUGCAUCUGGAUAUCAUGCUAUCGUUACUACUUCGAACAGCACGACAGGCACUGCUUGUGCCAAUGUGACUUUCGCGUCGGGCGUGUACGAUGUCGCCGUAAAUUACUUCGACCUUAUCGGUGGGAAAGCAAAGUACUGGCUCGAAGUCGGUAAUAAAACUGUUGGUCAGUGGGUCGGCAAUCACGAAGAUACCCUGGGACAUGCGCCCUCAGUUUAUCUUGAUGGCCAUUCAGCGACGCGUAUUACUUUCAGUAACGUGACCGUUCAGCAAGGAGACGAGGUACGCAUUAUCGGUCAAGCGGACGGUAUCGAGCCAGCGCCGCUCGACUACAUAUCAUUCCUCCCUCCAGGCGUAGUCGACUAAUGUGUUGAGCGGAAAUCGACUCAAUUACCGUAGUUUUUUUCCACAUACAGCAAAAACAAAUCUGUGUUUUC